UGUUAUCAAGUUAUGACGUAUAAUCUGUUAUGAUAGUUUAUUAGACACUGAUUUCUAUUAUUCAUAUUAAUAUUAGUAAUUAAACCAGUGACGAACUACGCUUUGACCUAACCACCUGCAUUUUUAAGACGGCUAUAUAAACUAUCAAAUUUAUAGAAACAUAAAUAAAUAUGGUGACAUUUGAGAAUUAUUUACGAGUAGUAAACUAUAAAAACUGGAAAUCAAAACUAUGUUCAAUUAUUUUAGCGAUAUUUGUACUCAUAUUUUAUUGUUUGAAGUCAUAUACUCGAAUUUCACACGAAUCGGAUAUUAAACAUGCCAGUCGAGUUCUAUUAUCAAUCAAUGAAACGAAAAAUCAAAAUGAAAAAUCGUUUUUUGAAGAGAUUUUUAUUUUUGAGGAACGCUCUCUUACCAUAUUGUGUACUUCCAUCGUUGCUUUGUACUUAUUUUUAUUUUUAGGAGUAGUAUGCAAUCGUUAUUUGGUGCCAAGCAUUCAUAUAAUUUCUCAAAGAAUGAAGUUAAGUCAGGAUGUUGCGGGAGCGUCUGUAAUGGCUGCAGCAGUGGCAUGUCCUGAACUAUUCGUCAAUAUACUUGCUACGUUCUUUACAGAAGGCGAUGUCGGAAUCGGCACUGUAGUUGGCACUGGCUUAUUUAAUAUACUCUUAGUUCCUGGACUUUGUGUACUUAUGGCUGAUCAAAAGAUCAUACAUCUGGAAAGUUGGCCCAUCACUCGUGAUGUAUUGAUGUAUCUUUUAACUAUAUCAUUAUUAGUUUGGUCAUUGGCUGAUAACAAGGUUUAUGCUUACGAAGCGUUAAUAUUAAUCAUAGUUUACAUGGUAUACUUAUUAAUUCUCUCUUAUAGCUCAUUUUUUGAAAAAAUAUUUAAAUAUAUUUCUCAACAAAAGGACAAAGUGUUUGAAGAAUGCAGUGAAAAUCAGCCGAUACUUCCUCUAAAUGGAGUUUCAGAGAAUGGAUUUCUAGUGCAAGAGCAUAUUAUUUUAUCCAAGUGGAAGGACAGACUUCGUGAUCAACUAUUAAAAAUCAAAGAAUUAGUAAUAUGGCCUAUAGUCUUAAUUUUGAAAGUAACUGUUCCUAGCUGUGAUAGUCUAGAUAGAGUAUUUUGGCUACCUAUUACAAUGUUUAUGUGUAUAUUUUGGAUUGGAUGUGGGUCAUUUUUCAUUGUAGAAUUGAUUACAAUUAUAGGAAAUGAAUUCUCAAUUCCUGAUUCAGUUAUGGGCAUUACACUAUUAGCAAUUGGUAUGAGUGUACCUGAAAUGGUGUCUAGUAUAGCAGUUGCAAGACAAGGACAAGGAACUAUGGCUCUAUGUACUGCACUAAGUUCAUCAACAUUUGAUGUUUUAAUUUGUUUGGGUGUUCCGUGGUUUAUAAAAGCUAUGUGGUUCCACAAAGAAAAUUCGAGUGCAUCCAUAAAUGUUCACUCGAGAAGUCUUGACGAUAGUGCAAUAGCUGUAAUGUUAAGUACAAUUGGUUUCAUGAUAUUGAUGUGUGCCAAAACAUUUGUUUUAACUAAAAAAUCAGGUGGAUUUCUUGUUUUCAUAUGGUUAUUAAUUUGUUCAGCCAUGGUUUACAACGAGUAUGCGACGCACUGAGAACAAUUCGUGUAGCUUAAUGGCUUAAUCAUUUUGCGUGAGUUGAUGAACGAUGACAUGUAAAUAGUUGAUGCCAUCGUUGAAAUGAGCUGCGAAUUAUUGAUUUUGUUUCUGAAGAUUGAAUUUUCAGUGCCUAUCUAUGAUAAUAUGUCAGAAAGACAGACCUGUCUUAUCUUGUAAUAAUAGUCAAGACAAUUUUUAUGUCUGGUAUAAAUAGGUGUACCUACCUAGUAUAAUAAGAUCGUGUAUUUUAUUAAAUAAUAUAUAAUAAUGUGCUGUGAUUAGACAUAUAUUAUAGAUACUUGUGUUGUUGAAAACUAUUGAAAGAAACUUCAAUUAAACAUAGUCUAUAAUGUUCCUAGGUUUGUAUCAUAUUAUAUAUAAACAUUUUUUUUUAUAAUAUUGAAAAUUUAAUUUUGUGUAUGAUAUUUUUCAUUUUGUAAAUGACUUAAAAUUUAAAAUUGGUUUUAAUUUAAGUCAUAUAAUAAUGAAGUACACAGGUUAUAUACCAAAUAUUUAAAUUAAAUAAUAUAUAAUUUUUAUUAAUGAUAAUCAGAUUUACUUAAUUAUAGAUAUAAAAUUAAGCAAUUAGAUCAGACUGAAUUAACUAUUUUGAAUAAGCGGUAUUUAACAUACAUUUUAUUUUAUAUUAUUUUAAUUUAGUUUUAUACAAUAUACAAAUUAAUAUUAUAUCAAUUGACCUUCACUGUAAUUAAAACACUUAUGAAUGUUAAUCUUAAUAUCUGUAGAAUGUGUACCACAUUUCCUCUUCCCACCCAAUUAUGUUUUUAAGAUUCAAUAAUUCGCGGGAUACUCAUAAAAUAUUUUGUAUAUUAUAUAAGUAAUAAUGAAUGUUGUUAUAAAAUAUUAAUAAGUAAUAACCUAUAUUUUAUUAUUUUUAAAUUUAAAAUUUAAAAUUUAGUUAAUUUUUAGAAGUCCUAAUAUCUAUUUGUUUUGCACCGAAUUUUAUAUUUAGUUACAAUAAUCAUUUUGGAAUAAAUGAUUUUAUUAUUUAUGUUAUAUGAUAAGCAACUAGUUUAGCUAUUGAUUUAUAAUUAUCCUUAAAUUGUAUAAAUUAUUUUUAUUAUUUUCUUUUGUUAUCCCUAAAAAUUUUAAAAUCGUUUUGAUUAUAUAGUUAAUAUAAUAUAUUAUUUCAGAAUCAAUUACGCUUUAAUAUUAAUAUGUGGCCACCAAAUGAUUACUUGCAGAUGAAUUUAACUGCAGACUUGCUGCAGAUAAAAAAUAAUUUUUUUAAUUAAUAUUUUUGACGGUGUAUUAAAUAAGAUUUAAGCUUAUUUAAGCUAAAUUUUUUAUUUUGCAUUUCCUCUUUUUGGAAAAUUAUGUACAUUAAGUUUUUAUGGCUCCUGAAAAUUUUCUGAAUUUCUAAGUGGCAAUAUUAAAAUAUUAAUUGGUGAUUCCUGUAAUAGAAGCUCAAUGAUAUUAUUAAUAAAAAUAAAUUUAUUUUUUAAAUUAUAAUUUAA